CAGAUUUUCUCUGUGUCUUCUCAAUGCGGUUUAUUAAUCCCGACUGAAACGGAAAUCCUGAUUGAAACUCCUCCCCCCCAUCUGGUCCGGCUUCCGAAUGACGCCAUUCAACACCACCUAGAACGCCAAUGCGUCUUACAAGCUAUUGACGUCAGGCAUUAAACACUCCCCACUUUCCUCCUAUAGCCCUGUUUGAAUAUCCUACAUGCCCUAUACCGUAACCAUGUUUGUUCCUGUACGCUUUACACACGAGCAAACAGGGGAAGUGCUACGGGGUGUGUAGGAUAUUCCUACAAGUGAUAAACCAAUAACUGUGCACUCUCGUUCGUUUAUCAGUCCCUGUGAAGUAUGCAGAUAAAUGCUAUGGCAUUCAAAAGGACGGUGCUUAAGUGGCGAUAAGAAAAGAAGCAAAGCAAGCUCGCACCGAAGCAGCACCGAUUUUGAUGUAACUUGUUCACCGGCCCAUCGUUUCCGUGCGCUACAUGACUGCCUUUCUGUCUUGACUUCAGGAGAUGACGAGGACUCCGACUUCAAGGUAGCCAUCAUCGCCUUGAUCUUCUGCAUCAUGUUCAUGGCCGUACUCGCACUGAUCGUCUUUGUCCUCGCUGGUGGUAGUAGCAACGACGAGGACGAAGACGCCGUGAACGCGACUUCGAGAAACGCCACGUCGGGUGUCACUGUGCCGGGCGUGAAACCGGCGAAUAACCUGCCACCGCCACCCGUACGCGCCACUCUGCCUCACGAGCCGUUGGAGGAAGCCACGACUCCAGCGGAAUCUUCAACUCUGGAGCGGACCGACUUCACCGAACCCCAUCAUGAUUUGCCAAGCACGCCGAGGGCAACACCGCGUGUAUUCACUACAGCUGAGAGGACUCAAUAUCUGUUGACCACCGCACCAGCUACGCAGCCGACUACCACGAAGCCGACUGCGCAGCGAACCGCUGCGCCUACCACGAGGCCGACCACCAAGCCGAUUACGAAGCCCCAUGCGCUACCGACGGGAUCCACGACUCCGCCGGUCAAGGAGAUCGUGUGCACCCUGAGCCACUCCGCUGUCACGGAGUCCAUGUACCCGCCGGACAAGUACUGCGACUACCUGUACUACUGCGAGGUGGUCCUCUCGGAACACGAACUGCACGGCGCCGUGGACGACGUCAGCUGGGCGCUGUUCCAAAAGAAAGCGGCGAGGAGGACUUACCGUCGUGUCAAAGUCGGCGUCGCCUUCGACUACCGCUAUAUCACGGCACGGAUGUUAGACGGCGCCAGAGCCGCUCUGGCAGGCCUGUCCCAGAAGAACAUCAAGCACUACGGCCUGCUGAACGUUGUCGUUUCCCUCGGAGAACUCGUCUCGACGGUGACGGCGCUUAAAUCGGUCCUCGAAAAGCUCAAAUUCAUGCCAGGCAAUGUUACCGAGAGGAAGAUCAUCAUGGCCAUAGGACUGUACGAUUACAGCGAAGGGAAUGCGUGGAAGACGUACAAGGACGUGGUCAAGAACGUCGUCGACACUUACAAGGUCGACACCGUGAUCGCCAUUUCCUCGGCUGUUCAAGCGAGGAGCGAGUCCGAGUGCUACGCCGUGCCUCCGACGGCUCUUUACUCUCCGAACCCGAAGUUCAUUGGCCUGAUGAACCAGUCCGAGCUGGUGGCGCCCUGGUACCCGUACGAGAACCAAAUGGCGGUGGUGGGUCUCUCACUCGAGCUCGGAACGCUGCUAUACUACCUGCGUAACGACGCCCAGACCGAGCAGGACAUCCCGUACGCUCCAUGCGUCGACGCAAGCAUGACCAGCCUCGACGUGCUUUGCGCGCACGGUCAAUCCACGCCGAUCAGUCGCGAUGGCAACCCCGUUGCUGUCGCCGGAUAUGCGUCGACGCCAUCCAAGAAGAAAGUCUUCUUGGCGGAGAUACUCUCGACUUUCAGCAACAAGUAUCAACGAAUGGCCACCGGUGCAGGCUUCCGCAACCGUAUGGCGUGGCUGUUGUACAACGUUCACCUCGGGGACCACACCAGGGAUUGCACCGGACCGUUCGACGCCCUCGCGAAGGUCUGUCAGCAAAUUAAGGACCGUUCGUCUUGCUAGGACACCGUGACCUCAAUGGAACUUCUAGUUAGCAUCAAUCGUGGAUGCGACCGCGACGUCACCUCAUACGCUACACAUUUGUGACGACGGCCACAGAUACUUCUAUAUGUCUCCUAGCGGGAAAAGCCGGCGUCUCGGCGAAAGCUGUUUUACUAUAACUGUCAUUAAUGUGUGUAUGUUGUCACGUUGUUGUUUUUUCGCUUUUAGCGAAGUGCACUCUUGAAUUUAUCGCUCUUGCGCUGUCUGGCGAUAUCUGUGUGCCCAAUAAACAUAUUUGUGCACACAACCUGGUCACACUUCGAUAACACGGAUGUUUGGAUAUUUGAGAUUAACUUGUUUGCGGUGCGCCAGAGUUCCUUAUUGGAGAGUAUUAAAACUAAUUGACGAAGCUUUCUAAUGAGGUAACUCAGUACUCUGUUGCGCAAUAUAAUGCUGCAGUACAUUAUACUGGGUGUUUCUAAAUAGCCAUUCUGAAAUAAAAGGAUGGUUCCUUUGGCGACAUGCUGUCAGUGGUGGCGACCAUGAGGUGACGGAUGAUAGGUGAUAAUUAGUCGCUAAUUAACAACAAUUCAAUUAACUUGCAAACUUUUGAUGUCAAUAGGCUCAUGAUCCAAAAUUUCAUAUGGUUUUUACGGAGAGCUUGCUACAAUGUCCCAUUUACAAUGACCCCGCGGAAACGAAAAGUGUAAAACUUUAGUGAUCUUUUGGUAAGUGACUAAUCACCACGUACCAGCCGUCACUCCAUGGUCGGCGCCGCCAAUGCUGCGUAUCCGAAGAAACCGUCAAAUUCUUUCAAAACGGCCAUUUUUAAAGUCUUCGUGCAAACACUCAGUAUAAUGCACCGAAACGC